GGUGAGCUAAAUAGAUAGAUAGAUAGAUAGAUAGAUAAGGAAGGAAGGAAGAAAGAAAGACAGUGAGAAAGAAGAAAAGAGAUAGCAAUGGCAGGUUGUGCAGUAUCAUUGGCAAACAGCUUCACCUUCGCUUCACGCGCAGUCGCAGUCGCAGUUGCACCCACCAAAUCAUCCUUUUCCUCAACCCAGCUAGGGUUCGUGACCUCGCAGUUGAGCGGCCUCAGUCUCUGCUGCCAGCCCCAGCCUACACUAAAAUUGCCCUCACCCGUUGUUGUUGUUGCUUCUCCAAUUGUUGCUCGGAGGAUUUGUCCCUUCACCGGAAAGAAAGCAAACAGGGCCAACAAAGUGUCUUUUUCAAAUCACAAGACAAAGAAACUGCAGUUUGUAAACCUUCAAUACAAGAGAAUUUGGUGGGAAGCUGGGAAGCGAUAUGUGAAGCUUCGUUUAUCAACCAAGGCAUUGAAGACCAUAGAGAAGAAUGGACUUGAUGCAGUUGCGAAGAAGGCUGGAGUUGAUCUUAGGAAGAAAUAAGAUUGCCUAAUUAUGAUUGUUAUUCAGUGGAAGAGUAAAUCCAUGUUUUUUGUUGUUGUUUGUAGAAUUUUCUUUAUCGUAUAUUAUUAUUAGGGGCUAGAUUCUGCCAGCAGUCAGAAGCAACUUGUGUAAAAACAAAAUAUGAUGAGACCAUGAGUGUACUAGGCCAUGAAUCUAACCAAUUGAAAUCUGCAAAAUUCCUCAUAAUGUUAGGACUGUCAUGGCUCAUGGGUAUCUUAACAUUGUAUCUAGGAUUAUCACUGUGAAUCAUACACCACUAACUUAGUGUUGGUGGACACCUAUGAAGAAUGUAAUUAGAACUGUAGCGACUGCAACUGAUCUACUAUGAACCCUAA